AUGUGUUGCAGCUAUGUCUCAAGAAUGCCAAAACCCGGUGAGACAAUCGAGGGCCACAAAUUUGAAGUUGGAUUUGGUGGUAAAGGAGCCAAUCAGUGUAUCAUGGCAGCAAAACUAGGAGCGACUACAGCUAUGAUUGCAAGGGUGGGUGAUGAUACCUUUGGAAGUUCUACCAUAGAGAACUUUAAAGAGAAUGGAGUGGAUAUAUCAAAAGUGAUGGUUACUAGUAAUAUAUCAACCGGAGUAGCACCAAUAAUCGUGAAUGAUGAAGGAGAAAAUAGUAUUGUGAUAGUAUCUGGAGCUAAUAAGUUGCUAUCCAUCGAUGAUGUGAAAGCGGCGGGUAAUAUGAUGUCUAAUGCUAAAGUUGUUGCCUGCCAGUUGGAAAUACCACUGGAAUCGGUCUAUGCUGCUCUCAAGACAGCUAAAGAGUUUGGUGCAAAAACAAUCUUGAAUACUGCUCCUGCAAAUAAGGAUCUCGAUGUCUCUAUUUUCAAAUUUGUAGAUAUAUUGUGUUUAAACGAAACCGAGACCGAGAUUAUGACUGGUUUGGCUGUAAGUAACGUUGAUGAGGCUAAGAAAUCUGCUUGCAUAUUAGCUGAAAAAGGUCCUGAAUACGUUUUGAUAACCCUCGGUAAGCAAGGCGCCGUGAUUGCAGGCAAAGAUGGUAAACCUCCAGUACAUGUAGAAGGUGUCAGCGUGAAGGCAGUUGACACAACAGGUGCUGGGGAUGCGUUUGUUGGGUCUAUUGCAUACUUUAUGGCAAAGCAUCCGCAGUUGUUAUUUGCCGAAAUAGUGAAGCGUUCCUGUCAUGUGGCAGCCGUUAGCGUUUGCAGAAAGGGAACACAAAAGAGCUAUCCAUCUGCAGAAGAUUUACCUAAAGAUUUAUUUCAGUAA